CACAGCUGACAUUAUAUUAACGGAACAGCCCCUAGAAGGAAGCAGACUCAUCAUGGCACUAAGCGAAGCUAUGGUGGGCAGUGCCUCACAGUGGCUAACUCAAAUUGCAUAUCCCGGCAUUAAGUGGAUUGAAUUUAAGGAAUUAUUCCUCCGCCGCUACGAAAAUAGUGAAACGUCGUCGGCAAUGUUUCUAAAUCUACUAAACAGUCGCCCAACUAACGGCGAAUGUCUUGCGGUUUAUGCUAGCCGUUUGGUGACCACUUUAACUUCCAAUUGGAAAAACAAAAACAUCGAAGAAAUUGCUGUUUCAAUUGUGCUCGCGCAUUUAGCCAAUGUGGAUAACCGCUUGGAACGGAUUGUGUUCACGUCAAAAGUUCAAACUAGAAGUGACUUGCAAUCCGAACUAGGCGCAUUCUCCUUUAAAAAAAAAACAUCGUAAUGCUGACCGUGAUGACGACUCCGGACCUG